CACACUGUUCUGUAAAUCUGCAGUGGUUCUUCAAUGCCACUGUGCGUGUGGCAAGGACAGGCUUGGCUUGCACAGGCUGUUGCCUCUCAGGAUUAUGUAAAUAAUCCACAGUUUUAAAUAUAGAAAAAAUAUGCCAGGAAGGAGCUUUGUAUAUUUGAAGUUGUACCUAAAAUAAGUCCUUAAUCACUGUUAGCCUUGAGAUAUUGUGGUUCACACCUGUAUUUUACUAGCAUCAGUGUAUCUGUGUUGUGAGAAUGAGUGCUGAAAAAGCUUGCGGGAAAAUCAAAGCUGUGUCGAACAGCAAAUGCUGCUUUUUGCCAUUAAGAUGGGAGAUAAGGAGCAUAAUAAUCUAUGCGUUGUUACAGGUACGCUAGAGUUUACAGGUGAAGAUCUGCAGCCUGAACAGUAAUACCAAGAAGUAAUGUCAGUAAUACCAAGAGCCUGAAGGAGGAGAAAUACACAGCUUCUACACUCAAGACAAAGAAGAGAUCUGACGGAGGAAUCUGCUGCUUGGUUGGCAGCUAUCAUGUACACUUAGCUGAAUGAACAUCAGCCUUGGUGGGCAGGAUACCUGGUUUCUCCUGAAGCUCAAAAGAUUGCACAAGGAUACCAUAAUCCCUAGCUAGAGGUGACAUAAGGCAGCCUGCCUGUGCACACGUGCAAGCCCUGUGUGCCACACUUACACCCAGACACAAGUGAUUGUCAGUAUACAUGUAAUGUUAAUUCAAAGUCUGCAUGGCCGCUGACUCCACUCUUGGGAGCAGCAUUGGGCCACCUGUAAGUAGCAGCACAAACCCUCAAGGGUAGAUGUUGUACCUGUACCAAGAGCAAACGGGGAUUACCAGGCUGUCACUGAGACACUAAAGCAAUUGCAAUGAUAUGUGUCACAAAGACAAAAGAAAUAGCAAACCCACGCUUCAGUUACCUGGACUUCAGCUCAGGUACAUUUUGGGGGCAGAAAGCUGGACGGACGAGGUCGGGCACUUGCCAGGCUGAGCAGAGCCCCUCUGAUACUAGUCUCAGCUUCUGCUUUGGUGCUGGAAUUUCUCCUGAAGGGAAAAAUAUUGGCAUUGUAUUUUCAGCUUCUGAAAAUGUGACCUUCACAAAUGUUCAGGUUUUUUUCUUUUUCUUUUUCUUUUUUUUUGUGAUAAAAUUGAAAACCAGACAUGUUUGUUAGCAGUUUGCUUUCUCCUAUUUUCUUUUUAUUUAUUUUGGCUUAAUAAGAACUGUGAAAAUAUUUAAACAGUAGGAAGGAUUGGCUGCCUAAUUCUGUGAGAUUUACAUGGCUGGUUGUCAGUAAGAAUUCAGCAUUGUCUUUUGUGAUCAGCCUGACUGAUGUUCUAAGAACUGAACCAUUUCCACUACCUUCCCAUCUGUCCAUUGAAGUGCAGCUCUUUUCCCUGCUGUAUAGCUGUUGGAAUCCAUGCCAAAGGGCUUGACUGGACCAACACAUUGUUCCUUUCUAGACAUUUCAGGAUGCAAUCUCCCACUUCGCACUUCAGACCCAUUCUUAUUUGCACAGGUAUAACCUUGUGAUUGUCCAUAUUACUAUGCAUUGGAUUUUACUGGAGACAGCUCGAGCCUGCUCUGUGCAACUGCGUUGUUCUUUGUCCAAUCUUUGCAUUCCACAGUGAUCAGCAUUUGAUUAAAAUGCAUUUCACUGAUGAUCUGACUAUUUUUAACUACACAAACCAUCUCACUAAGCAGUUUUAAAUUAAGCACAACUUUGGUUCUCCUGGAUGCAAGUUUUGGCAGAUCCACCAUUCAGAGAUGCUGUAUUUGUACCUUGGUAUACUCCAUAAAUACAUGUUGGCAAAAUGACCCAUUUCUGGCUUCCCAAACCAUCAGAGACAUCAACCAAUGGGGAAAAGGAAGCUAAACUCCACCAUCAUCUUUCACCAUCAUGAAAUUAAGAUGACCUCUUUGACUUGCAGAAAAGAAAUGUAUGCCUUUUUUUUUCCCCUUUUUCUUGAUUUGUCAAGUUAAGUCAAUAUUUACUCAGACGGAAUGGAGAAUUGUGCACCUUUCUGUUUAAUCCAGGAAAGCAAACCUGCAGAUAUUUCCUCUUGGCUCAAUCUGGUCAUAGUUUCUCCUUUCUUGGCUCCACCCAGGUCAGACCAGGAUAAUUUUUGCCCUGGUCCUAUAAAGGACUGGCUUGUUUCCCAGUCCUUCCAGCUCUGCAGAGAUGGCAGGCUUAAACCCAAGAAUGACUCUCUUAGGAUCCAUCAUCACACUCUACUUAGUCGGGGCAACGGACAGCUCAUUAAAUAAAGAGGACUCUGAGGUGCUGUCAGACUCAUCUCUUCUGAGCAGCAUUAGUGAAGCCAGGCAGCUGGUAGACACAGCGUAUUUACAUGCCCGGAAAAGCUUAAAGAGAAAACUAGAGGAAAAGGUUGCCAACCCAAUGGAUUUCCUGAAGCAUUUAAAGGACCCAGUAGGAAGAACCAGAUCUGCAGUCCGUGCUGCUGAUUACUUGGAAACCACUUUGAAACUCCUCAAAAUAAAGCUGCAUCUCUCUGGGAAACUGAGAUUCAACAUUACAGACCUACUAGACAGAAAACAGAAGGAGGUGAUUUCCAAAGAAACUGGCUGUGACUAUCAGAUUCGUUCCAUUAAAUGCCCAAAAAAUGAUGUUUACCGGACCAUCACUGGGGAGUGCAACAACAGAAAGCAUUCUCAUCUGGGGUCUUCGAACCGUGCGUUUGCUCGCUGGCUCCCAGCAGUGUAUGAGGAUGGAGUGUCUGUUCCCAGAGGAGCAAGUGAAGGAAAACUCUAUAAUGGAUUUCCACUCCCACUGGUUCGAAAAGUGUCAAAUGAAAUUGCUCACACAGGCAAUGAGAACAUCACUCAGGAUCAAGAGCUCUCUCUUGUCUUCAUGCACUGGGGCCAGUGGGUGAACCACGACAUAGACUUAGCCCCUUCCAGUGGUGCAGGAGUGAGCCCAGAGCUUCGCUGUGAGACUGACUGUACCUUCAAGUCUCCCUGCUUCCCGAUUAAGUUUCCCCCCGAUGACCCCCGGAUGCCAAGCUCACACUCCUGCAUGCCAUUCAUUCAGUCAGCAUCUGUGUGCAACCCCAGGACGUUCACUCGUGAGCAGAUCAACGCCGUCAGUUCAUUCAUUGAUGCCAGCACAGUGUACGGCAGUGAGGACUCUGUGGCAAAGAGCAUCAGAAAUCAGACAAACCAGCUGGGUUUGUUGGCUGUGAACCAGAAUUUUACUGAUGCAGGGCUGGAAUUUCUGCCCUUUGAGAACAAAACAAAAAGUGUUUGUGUUCUCACCAAUGAGAGCAUGAACAUCCCCUGUUUUAAAGCAGGUGACAAACGGGUAACUGAAAACCUGGGACUUUCUGCACUGCACACUGUCUUCUUACGAGAACACAAUCGCCUGGUUACAGAGCUGAGCAAAUUAAAUCCUCACUGGGAUGGAGAAAAGCUUUACCAAGAGAGUCGAAAGAUUGUAAUUGCCAUAAACCAGAUAAUAACAUACAGAGAUUACCUCCGACUUCUGCUUGGGGAGGAGACCAGCAAGUGGAUCCCUUCGUACAGUGGCUACAAUGAGAAUGUGGAUCCUACAGUCUCGAAUGUUUUUUCUCUGGCUUUCCGAUUCGGUCAUACAUCAGUACAGCCUUUUGUAUCCCGUUUGGAUGACAGUUUUCAGCCUCUGGGUUCAUUCUCCCAUGUUCCUCUUCAUUUGACCUUUUGCGCUACAUGGAGAAUUAUAAUGGAAGGUGGCAUUGACCCACUGGUAAGGGGCAUGGUAGCUGAUCAUGCAAAACUGAUGAAACAGAAUCAACUGCUGAUUGAGGAGCUCCAGAACCACCUUUUUGAACAGACAGAGAUAAUGGGUCUGGAUCUCGCAGCCCUGAACAUGCAACGGGGAAGAGACCAUGGCCUUCCAGGUUACAAUGCCUGGAGGCGCUUCUGUGGGCUCUCCCAGCCUCAAAACUUAGAUGAAUUCUCUGAGGUGCUGGGCAAUUCCAAACUGGCGAAAAAGUUCAUGGACUUGUAUGGGACACCGGACAAUAUUGACCUCUGGAUUGGGGCAAUCGCAGAGCCCUUUGUUCCGCAAGGCAGAGUUGGACCCCUCCUGGCCUGCAUCCUUGGUACCCAGUUCAGGAACCUGCGUGAUGGGGACCGAUUCUGGUGGGAGAACCCAGGAGUUUUCACUCCGCAGCAGUUGCAUGCACUGAGAAGCAUCUCGCUGUCAACAGUGAUCUGUGACAAUACUCAUAUCAAAAAGAUACCCAGGGAUGUGUUCAAGACCAACAGUUAUCCUGAGAACUUCACUGACUGCCACAAGACUGACAAACUCGACCUCUCACCCUGGAAAGAUGAUGAUGAGCCUGAGAGUAGCACAAAAGUCCAGCAGCAGAAACUCCUGAUGGUGCCAUGGAGCUGCUCUUGGGAAACUGCUGGCUGUACAUCAUGCUCAGCUGAGUGCUCUCAACUGAACCUUGGCACAUGAUUUCCCAGAGAGGAGCUCAAGACU